GCCUUGUAUUGGUGUAUUUACUAACACAUUUGGCAAUGCUUCUCAGGAGUCAACUUCAUCUCAGUGCACCCUGGAUUCAUUGUCUUCCCCGAGCUCAGGGGACAAAACUUUGACAGAAUCGGCAGCAGACCUUUCACGCUGCGACUCUGACGAUACAAUCAUUCUGGAGCUUGAACCGUGCAGCUCUGAUGACGCCAAUCGCAAAGACAAUCACAGUCCUCCCAGUAAACGUCAGAAAAUAAAAUGGAUGGAUGACACUUGCAAAAAGGUGGUUGAAUCCGCAUUGACCAAGAAACCUGGUGGAGAUCGAAUUCUCAAGGAAUAUACCCGGACGAAAACCCUUACUGACAACUCGCGUCGAAAGUUAGUCAACAUUCUUGCUGCAGAUAUGUGUGAAAAUCAUGGGACAGCACCACGUCGGCGUGUGAGAGAGAUGUACGCUGAAGGCAUAAUUGAAAUGUUCCCAAACCUGCGAGAUCCAUAUUCUAAAAAUGGAUAU